AUGUCAUCAAGACGGAAUCUCCUUUCACCGCGCGACUACGACGAGGACGCUGAGUCGCUGCAUUCUCCGCUAUCAGAGCAGGACUCUGACAGCGAGGAUGACGAUUUCCUGGCAAACUCCCGCAGCACCCUCGAGCUCUCACAGUACGACCGCACAGUUCUGGAGGACGAGGAUGAAACCGAGAAACUACUCACCAGAACCGGGCCGACUCAUGGGCUACGUCGGCUCUUCAGUCCGAAUCGAAGCAAUGUCAGGAUAGGGAAGAAGGAGGAAGCCCGGCGACAACGACGGAAAGAAAGGAAAGAUGCACGGAGAGCGCGCCGUGAGAAGCGCCAUGGCAAUGACGAGGGCAAUGAGAUGUACGAGAUGGAAGAGGGGCAUCGGGAUGACGAAAGCUCGCUUUUGAGCUCAUCAUCUUCCGAAUUGGAUGAGCGGGUCAAGGAGCAGUAUGCUGACUUUCAGGAUCGCCAGAAAGUUUCCUGGCGGAAGCUGACUCUGGUCUUCUCUGCCAUCUUCGUUCUCUUCCUCAUCCUUUUGCUCGGCGCGUACAAGGCCUCGGCCAGCUUCCGCUCGUCACAUUCCAGAACCCUGCUAUCAAACGGAACGGCCCUGUUCGCUCCUACGACGAUCCUUAUAUCGCUUGACGGUUUUCGCGCAGACUUUCUGAACCGAGGAUUGACGCCAACACUCAACGCCUUCAUUGCCAAAGGCGUCUCGCCGCAAUACAUGCUACCUAGUUUUCCCAGCGUCACGUUUCCGAACCACUUUACACUCGUCACAGGCCUGUACCCUGAAAGCCAUGGGAUAGUUGGAAACACAUUCUGGGAUCCAGAGCUAGAGGAACAGUUCUACUACACGCACCCAAGUGUCAGCAUGCAGCCAAAGUGGUGGAAUGCGGAACCUCUCUGGAUGACUGCCGAGAAUCAGGGUGUCAAGACUGCUAUACACAUGUGGCCGGGCUCAGAAGCGCAUAUUGGAGGCGUGGAGCCUACUUACCUGGACCAGUUCAACGGCUCGGAGGCUCUGGAACGAAAGACACAACGCAUCCUUGAGCUUCUGGAUCUACCAGGGCUGGAGCAGGAGGGGACAUCUCCCAGCCGACCACAAUUCAUUGCUGCAUAUGUUCCGAAUGUCGAUGCAGACGGCCACAAGUACGGCCCGAACAGUACUGAAAUCAGAGGCACGAUCGCCAAAGCAGACAACAUGCUAGCGGGAAUCUUCGCCGGCCUCCAGGAGCGCAACCUCACGGACAUUGUCAACGUUGUUGUCGUAUCCGACCAUGGCAUGGCCACAACCUCCACUGACCGGCUCGUCCAGUUAGACGAUCUAAUCGACCUCAGCCUAACAAGUCACAUUGACGGCUGGCCACUCCGCGGAAUCCGCCCAAAGAGGCCUGAAGAUCUCAAAACGCUACAAAACCAGCUCUCGCUCGUCGCGACCAAGUAUAAAGACGCAAUUGAGAUCUACACACGCGAGAAUAUGCCCGAUCGUUACCACUUCAAGAACAACGACCGCAUCGCGCCCCUUUGGGUAAUUCCCAAAACAGGCUGGGCUAUUGUGGAACGCCCAGAGAAUGAUGUCAAGGCAAUGCAGCACAACGGCGACGUCUACCACCCAAGGGGCAUCCAUGGGUACGAUCACGAGCACCCAUUAAUGCGGGCAAUCUUUGUUGCCCGUGGGCCUGCCUUUCCACAUGCGCCGAACAGCCGUGUUGAUGUUUUUCAAAACAUCAACGUCUACAACAUCCUCUGCGAUUCGCUGGGAAUCACUCCACACCCGAACAACGGAACCUUGCGCCUCCCAUUGAAGCCGAGCGGUCUUCAUUCUGACGAGAAUGCGCCAGCGCUGGAUGAUCCCUCUGACCCACCAACCACAGCAAGUGCGGAGAGCGCCACUAGCACGGACAAUAUUCCAACAGCAGGAGCAACAGCAGAAGCAACAGCAGAAGCAACAGCAGAAACAACAGCAGAAGCAACAGCAGAAGCAACAGCAGAAGCAACAGCAGAAGCAACAGCAGAAGCAACAGCAGAAACAACAGCAGAAACAACAGCAGAAACAACAGCAGAAACAACAGCAGAAACAACAGCAGAAACAACCGCGGCCGCUAACCCUGGAGAGGACGCCGACGGUGUUGAUUCAGAUCAGCCACACGGCUGGUGGGAUAGCAUCUGGGGUAAAGUGGAAGAGUUGAAAGACUGGGCCAGUGAUCUCUUUGAGAGCGUCAAAGAGGAUGUUUCGUCUCGUGGACGUGACUGA